GCAUGAACAGGGCAGGGGCAGAGAGACAGGGAGACACAGAAUGGGACGCAGGCUCCAGGCCCCGAGCCAUCAGCCCAGAGCCCGACGCGGGGCUCGAACUCACGGACUGUGAGAUCGUGACCUGAGCUGAAGUCGGACGCUUAACCGACUGAGCCACCCAGGCUUUUUUUAAAGGUUAUCUUUAGGUAGUCUUCACACCCGCUGAGGGGCUUGAACUCCAAACUGUGAGAUCAGGAGUAGCCUGCUGCGCCGAGUAAGCCAGCCGGGCGCCCGUCUUGGUUUUUCAAACUAGUCGUGCGCGGGACUCGAGUCACCACCCCUGAAGAAAGUAUCGUACUGUGUAAAAUGCAGCGGCUUUUUCUUUUCAAAGCAUGGGGUUCUGCUCGCGUGCCGGCCGGGCCAGCGCGGCGCCUUCAGGGAUUUCUCAGCUCCCGGGAGCAGGAGUAGAGCUGGGCUCGAAAGGAAAUUGGCAGUUCUCCUGCUGGUGACAGGAUGCGGGAGUGACAGUCACUGCUCCUUCCCCUGCAGCAAGCUGACGUCUUGCAGGGAAGCCGUCACCCCCUGCGGUGGAAUUGGCGAACUUUAGGCCCAGAUGAGCGGGAGUCAAAGAAGUAAAACCCAGGGGGAGUUGCCAGAGGAAGGGAGAAGAGACGGGAUCGUGAGCUUGCGCCUGCAAAGCUUGAUGCUCUAGGCAGUGACUGCUGUGCGGAAGCUGUUGGGUAUUUGUCACGUUUCCGCCUGUGGUGUUUGGUCACCACGGCCCAGUGCCCGGGCCCUACAGCCCCUCUUGCACGACCUCACUGGACGGAUGCCUUUGGCAGAUGUCACGCGACAUCACGGUCGUUGGCCGGCCCGUCUCCUCAAGCUCGAAGGCCGGCCGGCCCCACACACGCCCCUCGUGGAGGACCCGGUCUGCGGUGACGACAGCUAUCAGACAUCGAACGCCGCUCACGUUCCUGAGACUGCGCCGAGCUCCCUGGGUCCGCGAGUCCAGUCUCCACACCGCCCUUGUUCUUCCCGGUUUCGGAUGCAGAAGCCAAGGCACGGGGAGGAGGGGGGCACCCACCUUGGUCAGCAGCCACCGUGACCGCAGUCAGGGUUUGAAGCCAGGCCGACUGGGCUGCUUCGGUGACCAUUAGUGGCGGUGCCGAUGGCAGUCCUCGCGUGGGGUGUGGCUGCCAGCCUCGGGAUUGCUCCUCCUAGAGCUCGGGGGAGAGCUCUCUGGCAGGAAUUGUAGGGAAUUGCUUCUGAAAGCAAAUGAAAACGAGAUGCCUUUAAAGGAAGCGCCUGUCAACGUGUCGGAAGCUUAGUAACCUGGGUUAAAAAACGGCCAUUGAAGAAUAGAUGUCACAGAGAUGACACGCUGGUCAGUGACUGAAGCAUCUGCGCACCCAGCCAACGAUGUGGUCAUUUUGCCUGCCAGGUCACCUCGACGGGAUUGGAGCUGCCUUCUUGCAGGGAAGCUGACAUCAUCUCAACUGUUGAAUUUAAUUACUCUGGAGAUCUGCUUGCAACGGGAGACAAGGGCGGCAGAGUCGUUAUUUUUCAGCGGGAACAAGAGAGUCACACACAGGCCCUCGUCUGUGUCCAGGCAGAAUAAAAGCCGCCCUCACUCUAGGGGAGAAUAUAAUGUUUACAGUACCUUUCAAAGUCAUGAACCAGAGUUUGACUAUUUGAAAAGUCUAGAAAUUGAGGAAAAAAUCAAUAAAAUUAGGUGGUUACCACAACAGAAUGCUGCUCAUUUUCUACUCUCUACAAAUGAUAAAACUAUUAAAUUAUGGAAAAUAAGCGAGCGGGACAAAAGAGCAGAAGGUUACAACUUGAAAGAUGAAGACGGACGGCUUCGAGACCCAUUCCGAAUUACGGCGCUGAGGGUUCCGAUAUUGAAGCCCAUGGAUCUUAUGGUAGAAGCAAGUCCACGACGAAUUUUUGCCAAUGCUCAUACAUACCAUAUAAAUUCCAUUUCAGUAAAUAGUGAUCAUGAAACGUAUCUUUCUGCAGAUGACCUGAGAAUUAAUCUAUGGCAUUUAGAAAUCACAGAUAGGAGCUUCAACAUCGUGGACAUCAAGCCCGUAAACAUGGAGGAGCUGACGGAGGUGAUCACCGCGGCCGAGUUCCACCCGCACCAGUGCAACGUGUUCGUCUACAGCAGCAGCAAAGGGACCAUCAGGCUGUGCGACAUGCGCUCCUCAGCCCUGUGCGACAGACACUCUAAGUUUUUUGAAGAACCCGAAGAUCCCAGCAGCAGGUCCUUCUUCUCCGAAAUCAUCUCCUCCAUCUCCGACGUGAGGUUCAGUCACAGCGGCCGGUACAUGAUGACCCGAGACUACCUGUCGGUGAAGGUGUGGGACCUCAACAUGGAGAGCCGGCCCGUCGAGACCCACCAGGUGCACGAGUACCUGCGCAGCAAGCUGUGCUCUCUGUACGAGAACGACUGCAUCUUCGACAAGUUCGAGUGCUGCUGGGGCGGCUCAGACAGCGCCAUCAUGACUGGUUCCUACAACAACUUCUUCCGAAUGUUCGAUCGAAAUACACGGAGGGAUGUCACGCUGGAAGCUUCCAGGGAGAACAGCAAGCCCCGAGCCAGCUUAAAGCCUCGGAAAGUGUGUACAGGCGGGAAGAGAAAGAAGGACGAGAUCAGUGUGGACAGUCUGGACUUCAACAAGAAGAUUCUGCACACGGCCUGGCACCCAGCGGAGAACAUCAUCGCCGUGGCCGCUACCAACAACCUGUACAUCUUCCAGGACAAGGUCAACUAGGGAGGCCGGCACGGGGACUGAGCCCGGCCAUUGCCCCAGAGGAGGGACGCCGUCGUCCUCUCCGCGAGGAGCAGUGUGGGCCCCGCUCCCCUCGUGGGCUGGAGGGGCUGCCCGCCUUCCGGGGCAAGCCGUGGGCGCCGCUCACGCCCGAAACCUUCCUGGCACCGCAUCGGCGGGCCGUGCUCGAUAAAGGCCAUUACUCACAAUAAAUGUAUUUAUUUAA